AAAGGAUGUUUUCGGUUUUACCUGUGUACACGGUUUUCACGUCGUUUAUUUUUAAUUAUGUGACAUAGCCGUACAGACGCUGUUUAUAAAGACAAAAUAACUAUACUGUUCAGAACCACAUUCGCGAACAAUCUAGUUAGGAAAGAAUCGACGCUAUACCCAAACAAUGAAUUCUUAUCAGUUUUUACUUGGAUUUCUUUAUACGAUGUGCCUUUUAUGGCGCAUCAAUGGCGAACUAACUACGACCAUUAAUACAGCACAAAAUGUAGAGAAUCAACAUAUUACUACUGAAGAAACAGUGACACAGAAUAAUCCGUACACAGCAGAAGACAUAGUUCGAUACCAAGACACUACAACAACAAUUUCGAUGAUGCUUGAUAAUACGACAACACAAAUUACCGACUAUUCCAAUGAUACUGCUGUCAAUGAAACUUUAGUUGGCGGGGCUGAAGUUUUGGAAACAAGUAUAGCAACGCCCGAAUCCCUACCAAUUGGUGUAUUUACAGAGGAAGAGGCGAGCCUGAUAUUUGAUUUAUUUGGUAUCGAUACUGAUGGAGGUAAUUCAGAAACAUCAACUCAAGCGAUACCAGCAGAUACAACUGAGUCAACGUCAGCAGAAACAACCUCGCAGGUGGUGUCAAUACAAGCACCAGAUGCAUGGGAGCCUCAGGUUCUUGAAUCUGGGUUAGUGGUGGAGAAACAAAUACUAACAAAUGCCUCCGACAGUGACCUUGUAAAUAAACAAGAAAUAAACGUCACUGUAAGUCAGGAUACAGAGACGACAACUAUUAUGACAACCACGUCAUCUUCUAAAGAAACAGGGCGGGAUGUUAUCGCUGCCAGCUCCACUGACGCAGAACCUCGUGCAGAUUUCACCCCACACGUUCCGGUAUUUGCUGACGUCGGGUCAAAACAACAGACGUCAAAUCUGAGCCCAGGAGGCAAAUUAAAAGAUUUAUUCUCAACAACAAAACAAUAUGAAUCUGACAUUACAAAUAUAGUCUAUGAUGAAGAAAGUCAUAUUAAAAAAUCAAAUGACUUUCACUAUCCGUCACACAUGUCAGUGUUGACUGGUAUCAUAUUAGCAAUUGUGGGUGUGUCGGUCCUUGUAGGUGCAUUUCUCGUGUUUAAACGCAAAAGAACACAUAUCAAAAGAAAAUUGAUGAUGAAUUUUGACCUUAAAAGAUUGGACUUAUGGCAUUUGCGUCAACAGCCAUCAAAUGUACUCAUUGUUGACUUCCCUCUCAAACACGAUGAAGAGAAUUGGCAUGAUGUCAAACCAGUGACGUCAUCAGUGAUUUGAAAUGCCCGAUUCACUGCGGCAUUCCUGGAUCUCGAAGACAUUUUGCCUGCUCGGUAAAUAAUCAUGGAUCUUUGAAAAAAUAGAUCGACUUAUUUGAUUUGAGAUGUUGUCCACAUUGAAAGGUUUAGGAACAUGACUAAUUAACAUGAACUGUCUUGUUCAAAUAGCUCAUAAUCUAGUCUUUUAUUGUAUCUUUAAGGCGGUCGGUGUCAUUCUCUUUAGAAAGAUAUACACUGGGGCCUUGGACGGAUUGGGGUAAAAUGCCCACCAAUGAAGUUUCUGGAUUAGAGUUACGAUCAUGAAAUCCCAUAAUGACUUCGACAACAGAUGCACAUUUGGGGCAUUUUACACCAAAAUGCGCCGACGCAUAGCUAAAUUAACAAUUUAUGAGAAUUAGUUUCGUAAGCUUUCAUUUAAAUUGGUUAUCAUUAUUAAUCGUUGAUGAAGGGCAAUUUCGACAAUUGUAUGUAUCAGUAUUUUCCAAAUUUAGGUUUAUAUCGUAGCUCACAACAAUUAGCGGUUAAUGAAAAUAUGAGGUCUUGUUCUUUAAUUGUGCUUAAAGACUCAUUAUUUGACAUAAUUGACCAUUAAAAAGAGGGAACUAUGAAAAAGUUUAUCAGUAUUUUCCAAAUUUAGGUUUAAAUUGUAGCAUUAGUGGAUAAUCAAAAUAAGAGGUGUUGCUCUUUAACAGGCAUUAGACUCAUUAAAUGACAUAAGGGGUCAUUAAUGAAUAUGAUUAAGUGAGUUUGGGCAAUUUGGGAGGAAAAGGUGUAUUUUACUAAUGUCAGUUUAAUAUCCAUGACAAAUUAUUAUUGUCUAUAAUAUAUUUAUAUAGCCUAAAGCUUCAAAGAUAUACAUUGUACAUUUAUAUUACUUAUAUAUCAAUCUUAUCUGUGUCGCCUAUUAUUUUCUAUCUAACCGACAAAUCAAAGGAAAAUUUAAUUUAGAUGACAUUAGUAUUUUUAAAGACGGUAACAGAAUUUUGAAGUUGUCAAUGUAAAAAUAUGGUCAUGUCAUAUAAAAUAUUUCUUAUCCGUAUGCAACUUGGUUGCACAUAAAUCAAAUAUUAGUCUUUAAAUAGUUGCAUUUUAAAGGGACAAUUGUGACUCGAUGAGUACCAAAUUCAACUUCGUUACGAAGUGUAGAGGACAUUGCCAUAUAGAUUUCUUCUUUUAAUAAUUUAACACGUUAUUGUGAUUACAGUUGUGGGUGAAAGAUCAAAAAUACCCACAAAGAAGCGUGUUUGUGAGACACAGCCGUAAUACCAUUGCGGGGGGGGGGGGUAAUGGAUAUCAAAAUACCCGCAAGGAAGCGUGUUUGAGGAGAUAUAGCAGUAAUAUCAUUGCGGGGGGGGAGGGGGUACUGAAUGAAAGUAUCGACUUUACAACAGAUAUUUAAAUUACAAUACCAGAGGUUGUGUCCUGUUAGAAUGACGGUAUUCAACAACAGGGAUUUCACUGCCAUUAUAUAACCCUGUGAUAAGACAAAUCUAGAUAUUUAAUACAUUUAAAUUUUAAAGAGUGGCUGUAAUUGUUUAUUCCAAAUACAUGUAUAUAGGUAUUAUAUUACAUAGUAUAAAUAUUAUUAAAAUACAAAUGUGACGUCAUCCUUUGAUGUUAGCGUACAGUUAUUUCAAAUAAUGGUACGGGCAAUGUGCCAAGCGUACAUUAUUUAUACUAUUUUAAAUAUUGGACCCGAGUGAUGUAUUUCAUUGAAAUGCAUGUGCUGGACAGUGUCUGUAUUUUAAGUUGUUUAAUGGUCUCUUGAAAGACAUUGCGUAAUAUAUGGAUACAGCACUCGUGCUAUCGCACUCGUGCAAUAUCAAUAUAUUACUUAAUUUCUCGCACUUGACCAUUAAACCACACUUAGUACUGUUAUGUUAUUAUUUCUAUUUCACCGAAUAGAUUAGUUUUUAUAAAUACUGAGUGUAAAAAGGUACUUCCACCCCUGAUUUAGUAUUCUUUUUUUAAAUAUCAAAUAUACAUUAUGUAAGAGCUAAAUCUGAAUAUUACAGGUCCUUUCUGACUUCAAAUGUCUUAUAAAUCAUUAUUUAAACAUUUAUUAACACGACAAGCCCAUAAUAAAUGCCCCGGGCCAUCUGAUGGCUCCGGUUUUAAGUAUUAGAACACCGCGUCCAUUUAAGAGUGUCACGAUAAUAAACAAUCUAAGCUAAACUUGGUCAAAACUUCAAAUGGUCAUAACUUCUCACAGAAUAAAGUGAUUUGACAGAAUUUUUCAUUAUUAUCAUUUCUCGUGAUCUAUAUUUGAACUAUUAUAACAAGAACGACCAGCUCCAUGUCUAACUCUUACAUAUUGUAUCUUUAAAACGAUUUUGUUUUUGUAUAUAACUUUACCUACAAUAUUGUGAUAAAUACAGGUUGUUUAUUUUUUCGAUUUUAUUUUUUAUGUGAUAUGCUGUUUUGUUCACAUUUUUUUGUGAUUUCAUUGUAUAAUAAACCUUAAAAUUAUAACCAAUGUGUAUUUCCAUUAUUUUUUUUCUUAAUUUAAAUAUAUUUUAAGUGUAAUAGUCACUGAUCACAUAGACCUAUACCCGAAGGCAGGCAUGACGAAAUUUGUUCUCCGUCUUAAUCGAUUUUUUAAAGGUAGGCUUAAUCAGCGCAUGGUCUAAGGCUAACCUCUUCCAUUUUUAGAUCAAAUUAGUAGACUUCCAUAUAUAUAUCAACAUUAUUUAAAACAAAAUCCCAUUAUAAGACCUCGUCUAGACAUUGUCAGCAAAAAGAUAAUGUUCAAAAAUAGAAACCUAUUCAAGAUAAUGUGAAUAGCCUAAGUUUAGAGUUAUAAAAUUUAUUUUGAGACCAAGUCAUGGUUAUUACACAUUAUAUAAUUUUAUGGAAUUGUAAAGUAAUUUAUAUUUAAUAAACAUAAAAUACAAAUACUGCAUAAACCCCAUUAAUUA